AUGAAAGCGGAGGAAAAAAAUAUUUCGUUUGGUGGAGAAAAUACGAGCGAUGUGUCCGUAUCGCCUUCAGACGAGGAUCGGAAAAAUGGAGUCAAUGGAGCGGAACAUUAUUCGGAUCAAUCAGGAAUUCCACGGAAGCGUAAAAGACGACGGAUUAAGGGAGGUGGCAGGCAUCAUAAAAAGUGGAAGCCGUAUGAUAAGUUGACAUGGCCGGAGAAAAAAGCUUUGGAAGAUAAAGAAACGAUUCGCGCUACUCAAAAACGUGAAGAGGCAUUUGCAUCGGGUCAUCCCGUGGCUCCGUACAAUACUACUCAAUUCUUAAUGGAAGACCAUAUUCAGAGUGAAGCCUCGCCAGACUUAUUGGACGUGGAAAACGGGGAAAAUAUCAAUUCUUCUCUCCGCGAUUCGUUCCACAGUGAUGCCGAUGGGUCUUCCGAUUUAGAAUACGGUGCCGACGAGGAUGAAACAUUCUUAGCCAAAGAAUUUUCCGAAGCGUAUGAUAAUAUUCAUGCGGAACGAUUGCAAACCAUGUCCAAAGAACAGCUUGUGAAAGAUUAUGUGGAACUGGAACGAAAAGUGGAAACUUUGGAAAAGAAACUCAAAGACUCGAAUCAAAAUAAACGGUUACGUGCGGAUGAAAAUUCCGAUGGAACUUCUUUGAGCAGCAGUGGCGAGGAACUGCAGGAUUUGGCAGCAUUAAAAAACGUAGGCGAAGAAAUGAAACGUUUACGCGAGGACAACAUCAAAAUGAAGGAACAGAUCGAAGAAUUGAAAAAGAAAAAUGGUGGUUUUUAA